UCACACACUUACCCCAAUUUACCCUAAAAUCGCAAACAUAAGUUUGUUGUCAAAUGUAGAAGAUGUGUGUGGGUGAUUUGUUUUUGUUGACAACACUUUCUUUUUGCAAGCAGUAGUUUAGUUUUAGCUCAGCGGGCCAGACCCUACUUUGAAGUUGAGGAAAAAUUUAAUGUCGAAAUAAUUGAAACAAUUCGGUGAAAACAAAAAGAUCAUUUAACAGCACCAUGCCCAAGCAAACGAAAGCUUCCAUAGCAGCUAAGCUGCGGGAGCAGGCGAAGAGAUUGGCUCGUCAAGCCGCCCAGGCUCUAUUGGUGCCAAGUUCGUCGUCGGAACCGUCUGCUGGAAUGCCAACUCAACAGUUGCCCGGAGGAGCACAUAUCGGCGUGGAAGUGGAAGUCCCCAUGAAGCCGAUAUUCACCCCCAAUGUCAAGCCGGAAAACCUCAAGGUCGAAGUGAAUCCCUUCGAAGCGUCGGAACACUUGGAGGAAAUCAAGGUGGAACCGGAAGAACCCCAGGAAGGCGAGACGGACCCAAUCGGACGGAUUGACCCAACUACUGGAUUGGCGGAAACACCUCCGGAGGAGGAAGAAGACCAGAAGCCAGACAUCAACUUGCUAAAUGUGGUUGUUCCGCACGAGCCUCGGUGUCAGUUUUGUCUGAAACUGUACGUGGAAGCCGGGGGUCGAGGGAUCAUCCCGCGGAACCGGAUUGUGUACGUCCUAGGGCAGCGAUGGUGGGGUUCACCCCGAGAACGUCCGAGAUGCUGCAAGGGUUGCAAGCGACUGUUCGAACUUUUCUACGAGUUCAAGAAGUCUUGCUUGGCAGCACUGUCCCGACCGGAGUUUCUGCUGGCGCAGGAGGCUGAGAUGAAGGUGGUCCAUGAAGUGGUUGAUUUGAAACCGGUUCUUGCGAAAGAGAAAAAGUCUGAAGAACGCCCGGAUUCUGGUGAUGAAGUGGACGUUGUGGGAUUUGGGUCUCUUCCGGAGACUUUUGAGCAAAACGCCGGGAACUUGGAACCAGCGCAUGUUGAGCAGAACAUAGAGUCGAAACCGAUUCCACAAUCCACAGAAGCUGACUGGGCUUUUGAAGCUGACGGAAUCGAUAACCAAACUGAUUCGGAUGAGUGGAAUCUGGAACCACCAAUGGAGCCAUUUGAAGAUGAUAUUCCGUCGAAGAAAGGCACCAGAAAGCGAAAACCCCAUAAAGCUAAUGAGUCAAAAAAGGGGAGAAAGUACUGCUUCCGUUGUAGGAAAUUCUACGAAAAUGAAGCCACGUACUUGGAACACAAACCGACCUGUACGAAGCCAGCCCGAGAUCCACCUCCGUUGGCAUGUCCUCAGUGCCCGAAACGGUUCAAUCGCCAGGAACACCUAACCUAUCACAUCAAUCAACAUAACGGACUACGAACGGUGCCGUGUCGUCGCGAGGGUUGCAACAAGAUGUUCUUCCGGCCGUCGGUUCGCCAUACGCACGAGCGGACCUGCGGCAAGGGUCCGGAGGUGAUGUGCACCAUGUGUGCCGCCGUUUUCCGCACGAAAAGCGCCUUGAACACGCACAUGGCUACCCACGGGGAUCCGACGCACUUCUGCGAAGUGUGCAAACGGGGUUUCUACUCGAAGGCCAAUCUCCAGAAGCACGCGGCAGCACACUCCGAUGCGCGGAACUUUGAGUGCAAAGUGUGCGGCAAGCGGUUCAAGUCCUACGAAGCCAACCGGGUACACCAGCGAGUCCACACGCAGGAGAAGCCGUACGUUUGCCCGAACUGCGGCAUGGCGUUCAUGUACAACUGUGUGCUCAAAACGCAUCUGCAGAAGAGCCAGUGCGGAGGCCCUACGCCGGUGGAUUUGGCGCGAAGAGAACUGGAGGCAGCCGCCCGAUUCAUCCAGAUGCAUUGAACACGUGGGUUCGAAAAGCCAACGCAAGCAAAACUGUCAACCUUCGUUACAUUUAACCAAAUGUUUUUACUUACUUGAACACGUAAUAAACUAUCGAAACAAAAAAUGAA